AUGUUGGCUUCUUAUUCGGACUUAGGUGAAUCUCAUCCCUACAGAAUAUCCCUUGAAGGUGGUAUAGCGGCUGGAAAAUCGUGUGUUAUGGAUCAUCUGGAUGAUUAUGUAAAGAGGUCCUAUACCAAUCUAAUCGGAGUGGUUUCGGAGCCCAUCUUCCAAUGGAAAUCCUAUCGCGGCAUCAACUGGCUGAAGUUAUUCUAUGAGGAUCCAGCAAAAUACUCUUUCCAGUUUCAAAACGUCGUCCUUCAGACUCUGGCCAAUUGGUACAAAAAUCGACCGAUGAAAGUGCUACUCACAGAGCGGAGUUUAGAUAGUUGUAUAAAUGUUUUUGCCAGAUGCUCUUUACAGAAGGGAUACAUAUCAGCAAACCAGUAUGAAAUAUUACGGGGAUGGAGAGACAUUGUGUGCGAACAAAAUAGGAUGAAAACGGACUGUAUUAUCUACCUCAAAACGAGCCCCGCUAUAUGUUACGAAAGGAUGAAACAGCGAAACAGAUUGGAAGAAAAAGCCGUAACUUUGGAAUAUCUGCAAGAGUUGGAAGGAAUGUAUGACGACUGGCUGUGCAACGAACAAAACGUAUAUAUUGUAAACGGUGACAGAGACCAGCGCGAAAUAUACGAGCAGAUCAACCUCAUCAUCGAUUCUUUAACGAGUAAAUUUUAA